UCCAGGCGUUCCCCGGUGUGUCCUUUCGGCCGCUUAAUUAAUUUAUUUUUUUGUUUUGUUUUGGCGCGGCAAAGAGAAAAGGGGGAAAGUAUGAAUCGCUUGCUUAGCCGAGACCCCGUGGAUAUCGAGAAUAUUUUAGCUCUCAACCCUCGUAUACAAACUCAUGCAUCUUUGAAUUCAACUGCAGCAAAAAAAGUAGAGAAAAAGCACUGGAAAAGGAAUGCAGAUAAAAACUGUUCAAACUGUGAGAAACUGGAAAAUAAUUUUGAUGACAUCAAGCACACGACUCUGGGUGAGCGUGGAGCCCUUCGAGAAGCAAUGAGGUGCUUAAAGUGUGCAGAUGCCCCCUGUCAGAAGAGCUGCCCAACUAAUCUAGACAUCAAGUCAUUUAUCACAAGUAUUGCAAACAAGAAUUACUAUGGAGCUGCCAAAACAAUCUUUUCUGACAAUCCACUUGGACUAUCAUGUGGGAUGGUGUGUCCAACUUCUGAUCUUUGUGUGGGAGGAUGCAAUUUAUAUGCCACUGAGGAUGGACCAAUUAAUAUUGGCGGACUGCAGCAAUUUGCUACAGAAAUAUUCAAAGCAAUCAAUAUUCCUCAAAUUCGAGAUCCCUCCUUGUCACCACUGGAAGAUUUGCCCGAAUCCUAUCGUACCAAGAUUGCUCUUCUUGGAGCAGGACCUGCUAGUAUAAGUUGUGCCACAUUUUUGGCUCGAUUGGGCUAUUCAGACAUCACCAUUUUUGAAAAGGAAAACUACGUUGGUGGUUUAAGCACAUCUGAAAUUCCCCAGUUCCGGCUACCAUAUGAUGUAGUACAUUUUGAAACUCGGCUUAUGAAGGACCUCGGAGUAAAGAUCAUCUGUGGAACAGGCCUUUCGGUGGAAGGACUGACACUCAGUGCUUUAAAGGAUGAUGGUUACAAAGCAAUCUUUGUUGGAAUUGGUCUACCUGAACCAAAGAAAGAAUCUGUAUUUCAGGGAUUGGGAAUGGAAGAAGGAUUUUAUACAUCAAAAGAAUUCCUACCACUGGUGUCUAUGGCAAGUAAACCAGGAAUAUGCGGCUGUCGCUCUUCAUUGCUAUCAAUACAGGGAACCGUGAUUGUUCUUGGAGCAGGCGAUACUGCCUUUGAUUGUGCAACAUCAGCUUUGCGCUGCGGAGCUCAACGUGUUUUUGUGGUCUUCAGGAAAGGAUUUACUAAUAUACGGGCUGUCCCAGAAGAGAUGGAGCUUGCAAAGGAAGAAAAGUGCGAAUUCCUACCUUUUCUUUCUCCUCAGAAGGUUGUCAAAAAAGGAGGAAAAAUUGUUGCUAUGGAAUUUCUCCGGACUGAGCAAGAUGAGGAUGGAAAUUGGAAUGAAGACAAGGACCAAACUGUCCGUCUGAGAGCUGAUAUAGUGAUUAGUGCCUUCGGUUCAACCUUAAAUGAUCCUAAAGUAAAAGAAGCUCUGCAUCCUCUCAAGUUUAACCGUCGGGGUCUCCCUGAAGUUGAUGGUGAGACCAUGCAGACAAGUGAACCAGGAAUUUUUGCAGGUGGUGACAUCAGUGGGCUGACCAACACUACAGUAGAAUCAGUGAAUGAUGGAAAACAAGCUUCCUGGUUCAUGCACAAAUACAUACAGUCUUUACAUGGUGCCUCAGUACCUGCUGUACCUCGGAUGCCUCUUUUCUAUACCCCAAUCGACUUGGUAGACAUCAGCAUAGAAAUGGCCGGGCUUAGGUUUUCAAAUCCUUUUGGCCUCGCCAGUGCAACACCAACUACAAGCUCAUCAAUGAUCCGCAGAGCUUUUGAAGCAGGAUGGGCAUUUGCACUCACCAAAACGUUUUCUCUGGACAAGGACAUUGUAACAAAUGUUUCUCCAAGGAUAAUACGUGGAACUACCACAGGUCCCAUGUAUGGUCCAGGUCAAGGUUCCUUCUUGAACAUUGAGCUCAUAAGUGAGAAAACAGCAGCUUAUUGGUGCAGGAGUAUUACUGAAUUGAAGUCAGACUUCCCUGACAAAAUUGUCAUUGCCAGCAUCAUGUGCAGCUAUAAUAAGAAUGAUUGGACUGAGCUUUCAAAAAUGGCUGAGGCUUCUGGAGCUGAUGCCCUGGAGUUGAAUUUAUCAUGCCCGCAUGGCAUGGGAGAAAGAGGCAUGGGACUGGCUUGUGGGCAGGAUCCAGAGCUGGUGCGCAACAUCUGUCGUUGGGUGAGACAAGCUGUUCAGAUUCCUUUCUUUGCCAAGCUGACGCCAAAUGUCACAAACAUUGUGAACAUUGCAAGGGCUGCCCAAGAAGGUGAUGCAGAUGGUGUUACAGCCACCAAUACUGUGUCAGGCUUGAUGGGACUGAAGGCAGAUGGCUUGCCUUGGCCUUCUGUAGGGCACAGCAAAAAGACCACCUACGGCGGAGUAUCAGGAAAUGCCAUCAGACCAAUAGCUCUUCGAGCUGUUUCUGCAAUUGCUAGAGCUCUUCCUGGUUUUCCUAUCUUAGCAACAGGAGGCAUUGACUCAGCUGAAAGUGGCUUGCAAUUUCUUCAUAGUGGUGCUUCUGUUUUACAGGUAUGCAGUGCAAUUCAGAAUCAGGACUAUACCGUAAUUGAUGAUUACUGCACAGGGCUGAAGGCUCUGCUAUAUCUGGAAAGCCUGGAGGAACUUCAGGACUGGGAAGGACAGAGCCCACCAACCAUACAGCAUCAGAAAGGAAAACCUGUACCGAAAAUUUCUGAGUUGGUUGGAAAGAAGCUUCCCAGCUUUGGACCCUACCUUGAGCAACGAAAGAAGAUAAUAGCUGAAAAUAAGCUGAAACUAAAGGGACAGAGCAGCCUUCUUUCCCAGCUUGAGAGAAAGUGUUUUGUUCCAAAGAAGCCCAUCUCAGCCGUGAAGGAUGUAAUUGGAAAAGCACUGCAGUAUAUUGGAACAUAUGGAGAGCUCAGUAGUACCGAACAAGUUGUGGCUCUGAUUGAUGAGGAAAUGUGUAUCAACUGUGGCAAAUGCUACAUGACCUGUAAUGAUUCUGGCUACCAGGCUAUACAAUUUGAUCCAGAAACCCACCUGCCCACUGUUACUGACAGUUGUACAGGCUGCACUCUGUGUCUCAGUAUCUGCCCUAUUAUUGACUGCAUCCGAAUGGUUUCCAGGACAACACCUUAUGAAGCAAAGAGAGGCCUGCCCUUAGCUGUGAUCCCCGUGUGCUGAGCAGAUCAGACCAACAGUUAAAGGGAAACUUCUAUUUGCUUGAUUCUAUUGAUUUGCUUUCUAAUUAGUACCAGUGAGUCCAGUACAUUCUAGCAAAAAGAAGGAAAGGGGGAAA